GUGAAUGGAGAGGACCCGCACAGUCAACUAUGGCGGCGCAUGCAGGGACUUUAAACUGUGAGGACUUUUCAAUGUUUCAGGAGGUGCUGAAGGUAAUGCGCACCAUAGAUGACCGCAUCGUCCACGCCCUGAACACCACCGUACCUACAGUGUCCUUCUCAGGCAAAGUAGAUGCCACGCAAACAUGCAAGCAACUCUAUGAAUCUAUGAUGGAGGCUCACUUGAGCAGAGACAAAUCUAUCAAGGCCUGCAUAGCUCAGACAUCUGACGUGGUGGGACAACUGCGUGAAGAAAGAACGAAGGACAGCGACAACCUGGCGCUCAUUAAACAGCUCAGGAAGGAGCAGACCAAACUAAAGCUUAUGCAAUCAGAGCUGAAUGUUGAAGAAGUCGUCAAUGAUAGAAGUCUAAAGGUUUUCAGUGAAAGGUGCAGAAUCCACUACACGCCCCCGAAGGUGAAGUGAAGUGAAGCUCUGCGUGUCGAGAGGAGCCGCUUCACUCAAGGGUUGAGUCCAGACUGGAGCCGAAACUGUGACCUGCUGCUGCGUGCCGAGUACAGGCUGUUCAACACCCAGACCACUCUGACCUCUUCCUCAUCACACUGAUAUUCCAUUGUGGUUAUUGUGUUGCGUUACCAUCGCUGUCCAACAGUCAUCUUUGUGUGCUUCUUUAAUGAGACACAUUGUACAAAGAGUUUUUUUAAAAGAUAAUGAAAUGUUUUCAAGUGAA